AUGAAGCUAUUAACCUCAAUAAAUCGGUAUUUAUUACUGUGGCAAGUAGUAUAUUACCUCCAGAUAUUAACAUGUAACGGACUUAUGGAUCUACAGACAGUAUAUGUUCCAGAGUUACCAAAGUAUAUACAAAAAACUGAGUUGAAUGGGACUGUCACUGAAGGAUUGCUAGUCGAUUUGUUAUCUGGUGAUAAUCCACUACAAGUUAAUUAUUCAAUACAAAGUUUUCCUAGUCAUAUAACUUCUCCAUUGGUACAUGUUAACCACUGUACAGAUCUGCUUUCAACUUCUGUCGAUUGUUUAUGCCUAUUCGAGUAUACUUCUGAUGCUCUUAUUAAUAUAACAAAUAGCGAUAGUCAAGGUCUAAAAAGAUUCCCUUAUGUAACUAGAUCGUUUACUCAACUAAGACCAGUACUAUUGGCUAAAUGUGAUAAAAAUAAAUGUUCCUCUCAAGUGGAUUCAUGGUUUAUAAAUGCAAUGUACUUUGUAUAUGCAUUCCAUUCUUCUAUAUGGUCACUGAUUUUGCUGUACGCCUUAACGACUGGUUCUCUGUUGUUCUUCUUUGAGUAUUCACGACCUGCAAGUCAAAGAUAUACAAAAGUUUCACCUUCAAAUGAGCCAGGAUUAAAUCUUUUGGAUUCAUACUUAUAUACAUUUCGAGGAUUAUUUUUACAGUCCUUUAACAAGUUACCCAGAUCAUGGAGUGGAAUGACACUUACUCUAUUUUGGCAUGGAUUUUGUCUUCUAUGUAUCAUUGCUUAUGUAAUGGGUACAUCAGUAUUGAUUUUUAAACAGUACACUAACAAUAAUAUAAAAUAUAAACCAUAUUCAAAGUUCAAUGAAAAUCAAACUAUCUAUUGUGAUUUAGAUCCAAAAUUAUGUGAAUAUUUUGAUACGAAAUUUCAAUAUCCAGUUGAAUGGUCAUCUGUUCAAUUAACAUCAAAGAUUUUCAAUGAAUCAGUAAUAUUACUGACAGAUCAUAUAAAUGCUCAUUAUAUAAAAUCGUUUAAACUUCAAACAAACGAUUGGAAUUUCAUUACAUUAGACUGUAAUGUUGAAGUAGAUGUUGGUGAUACUAGUGGUAAUAACAAUGAUAGAAGACUAUUUAAUGAUAUGCCUGUAAUGGAAUUAGGAUUUUUAACAUUCAGUCAAAAGUCAUUGCUACAAAUGAAUGCAUAUUUAAAGGUACACAAAGAACAAAUUCUUAUCAGCCGAUUCAAUCAACGUGCCGUGGGACAAAAAAUACAUCCAGUGCAACAGUACUACUUCCUACUUGGUGUACAGUGA